UGCAGCGGAACACAGAAAGCAAUGUGUAGGUAGAGGGAAGCCGAAUCUCUCCAAACCAAGUGAGUGAUCAUGGCCAGUCGGUGGCGAGACGGUCCUCGUAGCUGUUCAGGAGACACCUCCGUUGGCCUAAAAACGGCACAAAUACCCCGACAACAAGAACCGUCCAGAGAGACAGAGGACGCGGAGGGGUCGCUGCGAGAGCUGCCGCGAUGGAUGCGGCUUUACUUCUACGGGAUGCACGGCGUGACUCUGGAUGUCCUGCUCUCAUCGUUACAGGGUUUGUUUAGUCACCGAGACCCUAAGCUGGUGGGCUUUUCCUCACCGUAUCUUUGCAUUAUGCAUUCGCUGACCCACUUUGCGUUGGAGAAGAUCUACUCACAGAAGAGGUGUUUCCGAGGUCGGCCUGUGGUGUUUCAUCUUGUUUUCUACCCGUCCAUCUACAUCGGGCUGCAGAUCCUGAUCGGGAACAUUAACACUUUGACCGAGCAGGUGAGGGUGGUUUCUGGUACGCAGCUGGCAGUGCACUACAUCCUGGCUCUCUAUUUUGGCCAGGUGUUUCACAGAGGGCUGUCAACACUGCAAUAUCACCCCUCCUGCCCCCCCGACGCUCCAAGUAAACCCGGCCCGGAGGACAGCGGUCAUAAUCGGGGGCCUCUUCGCGGUUUACCGGGCUUUGUGCGUUUCAUGUUCUUUGGGAUGCAAGGCUUGCUGGACGAGGUGCUUUUCACCUCUAUUUUCAACCUGGUGGAGAAGUCUGACCGGACGCUGAGCGGCCACACGUCCCUGUGGUCUUUCCUGAUGUACGGGAGCUGCAGCUUCGUCGUGGAAAAGCUCUACUUUAACCUGCACUUCAGCAGAGGCUGGGGGGUGUGGAGGCGGCUUCCCAUCUACAUUUGCUUCAUCUACACCUGGGAGUUCUCCUGGGGCCUGGUCCUGAGGCAGUUUGGCGCCUGCUCCUGGGACUACUCCCAUUAUCCACACAACUUCAUGGGACUCAUCACCCUCCUCUACCUGCCAGGCUGGGUCUGCCUCAGUCUGUAUCAGGACGUGCUAUCUAAUGUCCUGCUGAGAAUCAAGUGCACCAAAGAUGGUUUGAGUGGGGAGAACGGAGAGGUCAAUGGACAGCUGGAGUCCAAGAAAAAAACUCUUUAAUUCUUCUGUAAUUGUUUAACUCAAGGGAAAGGCUGGCUAACAAUAGACUAAUGAAGCUUAAUAAAUAACACUUUUAUUUGACGGAAACGAUCUAAAAGCUGAUAUUUACCAAGAAGUGAAAGAGGUAAAAUUAUAUAAUGUGGGACCAGUUUGGCCUUAAUAGGUUGGGGGCUCUGCACUGUCCAUAUGUAUCAAAGUAUUUAAGAUAAUUACUUUGACUCUGGACAGUUGAGCAAUAUGUUGCCACGGAUUUUGUAAAGUUAGUCUAAUAUUUUCCUAGUCCUAUAACUUCGGAUUCACUUAUUACCAGUAUGCAGAUGAGACAUUUUCUAGUCGUUAACUCUGCAAUGCCUGAUAUUUCGGGGUCCAGUAAGAAAGGCGAUACGCAAUUAACUCUGAAUUGCGGACCUACCUGUUUGAAUUCUGUUAACCUACUGCCAUUUUUAAUCUAUCUGAUAUAAAACAUAGUUGUAAUAUUAAUAUUUUACAAGUCUUCAAGAAUAGUGUGGCUAUUCAGUUGUUUUUAAUGGAUUGCAGUGGCAGGCUCUCCAUCUUAUACAUUACAUGCAUUGUGGCAGGUCUAAUAUGAGUUGGAUCGAUUCUGUCAUUUACAUAUGCAGUAGCAUGCUUUAACUGUAGCUCAUAUCUGCAUGCUAAAAAGCACAAACAUAACAUCUGGAAGUUGUAUGGAUUAUAUAUUAUGAUAUUAGGAAAGUUAUAAGACAUAAAAACAACUAGACAGUACCCCGUUUUGUUCAUCUCUUUUUCCUUUUUAAAUGUUACAUUUUGAAACAAUCUUGUUCAAAUGACCCUCAACUAAUGCAUGGAAACUAUUAGAGUAGAGAUGAACCCAGUAGGUAUAAUAUAUGUAGCAUGGACACCUGUAGCUGAAUGGAUACAAGGAGCCAUGAAGUGAGAUUUUACUGUGAAUCUUUUAUGAAGUGCCUUCCUGUGCUAACGGAGUCAACUAGACUCAAAACAACUAGGCUCAGUGUCCAUGGGGCUCCUCUUUUUAUAUUGAAAGGCUCCAAGCGUUUUGAAAAUGGAAAAAAUAUCUUAACCUUUAGCACUGAUGAGGUUGCAUUUGUUUCAUUAUCAGAACGCCACUUGUUCCACCAAUGUAACGUACAUUUAACUACAGCUGUUCAUUUAAUUUCAAUUUAAAUCCAAUCACCUUAACGUGAAGAGAGUCUAAUACAGACAUAUUGUAAACCCAGAUAAGAGUUUUUAGUUGAAUAUUCCAAAAAUAUACUCCAACUGUAUACUGUGUAAGCAUAUUCUGACACCCACAUUUGCUUUACAGUGGUCUUAUGCCUUAACAAACUAAUAUAAGUACCUUGCACUGUGACUAAACACAUGUUGGUGAAUCUUUGCAAACUUGUCUGUUCUAUACAAGUCAGGCAAUUAUCAUCAUUUGGAGUUUGCAUUGCCAACAGUUGAAGCCGUUUAAUUCCCAUUCAUUUAUUUUAACUUGGUGCUGGAAUCAAUCCAGUUAUUUAUGAAGCCUCUCUUAAAUAAUUUCCUUAAAAAAUACAGAAUGUUUGGUUCUAAUCACAACUCUAAUAUUCUGAUAAUUUGUUUUAACUUAUUGUAGGAAUAAGUACCAUUUUCUGUAUUUGUAGAUAAGCUUGGGAUGCUGGAUACAAAACUCAAAUUAAUUUUGCUCCGAUUUGGGUCUGUUUUUAUGCUGUAGGAGCAACAUUGAAAUUCUUGCGCAUCAUUAAAUAUGUUAAUCAUUAACUUUGGAUUCUUAAAAUAAGAAACCAGAUUUUCUUGCAAUUCAAAUUGAAUUUUGUUUGCACAUAGUUAGAAUGGUGAUUGGCACAAACAUUAUAGCCUAUACUUUAAUUAAUCAAUAAAAGAAUAAAAUAAUUCUAAACCAUGUCAGAACUGAAACAUCUAGCACUAUAGUUUUACAGCACUAGUUAGCCCUACCUGGGACUGGUCUGUUGCAAAGGGUUGUUUUUUGUCCAACUUGGCAGCUAUAGAUGUUCUUAAACAUUUGUAAUCAAUGAAACGCAGAGCGAAUGAAUUUGUCCAUCGUUAAGAUUUUCCAUGUUUAAAAAUCAUACUUUACUUUGUGCUGUGUUAUUCACCAAUUUGACUUUCAAAUGGCAUGUACUGUACAACUUAAUUAAACAUUUAAAAAUA